AUGGAGGAUUUUCAAAAAGUUUUGGAGGAAUGUAGGCUUAGCGAUAUGGGUUUCCAAGGGUCUAAAUUUACAUGGACUAAUGAUAGAACGGAUAAUGCGUUUACGCAAAAAUGGCUGGAUCGGGCCGUUGCUAAUGCCAAAUGGCUCUCAAAUUUUGCUUGUUCCGAAGUGAAGGUGAUGGCUCGGCACAAUUCAGACCAUAACCCUCUCCUUCUAUGUUUUGAUGCUGGUGGCGUGAGGAGAAGAGCUAGCCGACCAUUUCGUUUUGAGGUUAAUUGGGAGUCAUAUCCAGAUUUCAAGAAAGAGGUGGGGAAAAGUUGGCGCAUGAAACAAAGGGGGGAGAAUCCACAGCAGAAUGUACAUGGGAAGCUCCAAUCAUGUAAGCGAUCCAUUUUGAGAUGGGUAAAAAAAACAGUCCAUGUUACAGAAGAUCUUAUUCGGUCUAAAACAAAAGAGCUUGAAGAGUUGCAAGGGGCAGAAGGGAACAUUAAUUUGGUGGCUGAACAAGCUCUAAUGGAAGAGGUGAACGGGCUGCUAGAGCAAGAAGACACAAAAUGGAGGCAAAGAGCUAAGAAGAAUUGGCUUAUCCAUGGAGAUCGUAAUACGAAGUUUUUUCAUGCGUGUGCCACGCAGCGGAGAACUAGUAAUACUAUCUCUCAGAUUGUAGAUGGAAAUGGCCAAGCGUGGGAUACGACGGAGGGGAUUGAGAAAGCUUUUGUGGCUCAUUAUAAGAGCCUCUUUACUUCGGCUAGGCCAACUGCUAUUGCUGAAUGUACAAAUGCAGUGGAGCGGAAGGUGACCUGUGAAAUGGGCAGCAAACUCUUGGCGCCUUUCAUUAUGGAGGAGAUUGUAGCUGUGCUUAAACAGAUGGCACCAUUAAAAGCACCAGCAGCCGACUAA